AUGGGCCAGGAAGUGGUGGUUAUGGGUCUGGAGGCGGAGGAAGCUCGGGCAGUGGAGGAUCGACCUCCGGCAGUGGUGUGUCCAGCUUUGGAGGUGGAGGAGGAUAUGGUUCUGGUCGAGUUGGAAGCUCAGUCAGUGGUGGGUCCGUCUAUGGAGGCGAAGGUGGAAGCUCAAGUGGUGGAAGGUUCCUAUGUGGAGAAGGAAGAUACAGCUGUGGAGCAAGAGGAUAUCGAUCUGCACAGUCUGAUUUUCCUGAUUCUCUCCUCCUCCAGCCAUACCAGCAUGAGCCAGCAACUGUCAGCUGGAAGGUGUCUUCAUGGACAGAAGUACUUCUCAUCAUCUUCUGCUGUGAGUGGCUUGAGCUGCUGCAGAAGCAGCGUUUUCCCCUCAGCUGCACCAUUUGAGAGAGGAUAUGAAGUCUGGAGCUACAGCAGCCGAAGCCUCCAAAAUGUGGAUGGCCGUAAACAGAUUUCCUCUGGCUAUGGAGGACGGGGAUGCAGGGAUGUCCACUUCAACAAUAAAAGUGGGAGUCACGGGAGUAUGGUAGGUCUCUGCGGUAGGAGCUGCAAAAGCGAAGGUCUUUGCAGAAUGCACGUCAGUGAGAACCUUCUGCAGCCUCUUUGUGUGAAGAUUGACCCUGAAAUCCAGCACACUCAAAUGCAGGAACGAGAACAGCUGAAGAGCCUCAGUAACCGGUUUGCCUGUUUCAUUGACAAGGUACAGCACCUGGAGCAACGGAACAGGGAGCUGGUCAGUAAAUGGGACCUCCUCCUAAAGCAGGUCAUACCAUCUCAGAAGAACCUCAAGCAUGUCCUUGACAGCUUCAUUUGCAGCCUGAAAAGGCAGCUGGACUCACUGCUGCAUGAGAGGGGGCAGAUGGAGCCUGAGCAGAACAAAAUGGAGAAGCUUGUUGAAGAGUUUAAAUGCAAAUACGAGCAGGAAGUGACCAGACACACAGCUGCGAAGAAUGAGUUCAUGCUGCUGAAGAAGGAUAUGGACUGUGUCUAUCUGACCAAGGCAGAGCUGGAAGCAAAACUAGAAACCCUAAAGCAGGAGACAGAGUUCCUGAAGUGUGUGUCUGCUCAGGAAAUUGCUGAGCUGGACAGACGUCUCUGUGACACUUCCGUCAUUGUGAAAAUGGACAACAGUCGAGGCCUGGCUAUGGAGGGCAUCCUCAAGGGUGUUGACUGCUGGUAUAAGGACAUAGCUCAGAAAAGCAAGGCAAAGUUGGAUGCACUGUACAGAAUUAAGUAUCAAGAGCUUGAGGAGUCAACGGGGAGAAGUUACAACGAACUGAAGUCCCACCAGCAAGAGACUGAAGAGAUGCGUUUUGUGAUCCAGAGAUGGCAGCAUGACCUUGAAAAUAUGAAGAAGCAGGUAUCCUCUCUGCAAACAUCAAUUUGUGAUACAGAGCAACGUGGGGACUGUGCCCUGAAAGAUGCCCGGGAGAAACACACUGAACUGCAGAACGCCCUCCAGAAGGCCAAGGAUGAGCUGGCUUGCAUGCUGCGGGAUUACCAGGAGCUGCUGAAUGUCAGGCUGGCCCUGGACAUUGAGAUUGCAACGUAUAAGACUUUACUGGAGGGCGAAGAGGGCAGGAUAUGCAUUGGAAAACCUGUGAGCAUGUGUAAGUAA